AUGGAAUACAUCGAGGGUCAGACGCUAAAGGAGGCCUGGCCAACCCUAACCCUCGACCAGCGCUCCGAGAUCCUGGCUCAACUGCGUGACUACAUUGCGCAGAUGCGACGACUCGGCGGUAUAUACCUCGGCCGUGUGGACGGCCAGGGCGUCGUGGUCCCGAGCAUCUUCAUGCGUUCGGGCGGGCCAUUCCGCACAAUGUCCGAAUUACACGACUGGCUUGUUCGGCCCCCGAUACGGUUGGAGGCCGAGUCCAUGUACUGGCACCAGAUCACCACCCACCUCGGCGCCGAAUAUCCCAUCGUGUUUACACAUGGUGAUAUUGCUGCUCGAAACAUUCUGGUAUCUGGCGGCCGUAUUGUUGCGCUUCUCGACUGGGAAUUUGCAGGGUGGUAUCGAGACUACUGGGAAUAUGUUUUUGCCUUGCGGGGGUUGGAUAACAUUGACUGGAAGACACUCGGCGAACACAUUCCCUCUCUGUUUACCAAACGCUACGAUUUGGAAUACAUCCUUGUCCAAUUCCUCCUCAGGAUUUCCUAA